AUGGCAGGAGCGAGGGGCAUUAUGCGCGUCUGCCCGCUGCUGGCGCUCGUGAUGCUGACGUGCGCUGCGCUGGCGCCACCCGCACAAGCCGCCUUUGGGGGUGGCGCCCGCAGCAGUGGCGGAUUCGGCAGCAGCAAGUCAUCCUCCAGCUUCUCGGGCAGCAGCAAGCCGGCCAUGGGCGUGCCGGUUUCGGGCGGUGGUGGGACUGUGACAGGGGUGCCGGUGUCAGGUGCAGGAACGUACAGGCCGGCGCCCGGCGCCGCCCUGCCCACUAUGCCAGUGAGCUCCGCUGCUGCCGGCAAAACGCCCGGCGGCUUCGGCGGCGCGGGCGCGGGUGCGGUCGGCGGCGCGGCCGUCGGCGGCGCGGCGAGCAGCGCGUACCGACAGCGGCCGUCCAGCCUGAUGCCGUUUGCGAUGGGCGCGUUCGCAGGCACUGCGGCGUACGCUCUGCUCUCCUCCGACCCCAGCGCCAAGUGCAACGGCAUGCGCCCCGAGUGCUACAAGAACGUCUGCACGCAGGCUCUGAACGACUGCCCGGCGGCGAAGGGGCAGGCGCUGGCCCUUACAAAGUGCCCGAGCUCGACGCACACAGAGUGCUGGAAGUCGACAAACUCGUCCUUCCUGUGCCUGGGGCGCCCGCGGCCGUCGUCAGUUGAGAACGUGGAAUCAUUUUGUGAGCAGCCAGGCCAGAGCGUCAACGGCACGGGGAACACGGUGCUCGCCCCGAUGAACGGCGCGGGCGCGGCUGGCCGCGGCGCAGGCGCGCUCGGCGCCGCGGUCGUCGGCGCGGCGGCGCUGAUGCUGCUGCUCGCGGCGUGA